CUUUCCGUGAGUUCUGCUUGUGGGUACACUAGAUUGUUCCGAAGUUUGUGUUUUUUUGCCAAGUGUUUUCUCUCUGUCUCUUCUAAAUCACUUGAAUUACUGCAACUGAGGGCCUUUUUUUUUUGUUUUCUUUUUUGCAACAGUUUGAGAUUCAUUUUGUGUUAAAUGUUUUCUUUUUGUCACAACGUUGAGUUUGGUGAUGUUUCUCUCUUCUGCACUUUAUGUUUUGUUUGUUAUAAGUUUUGGUAAUUGGUUGUUCUGCCUCUACUGAAGAAGCAAGGUUUGUGUUUUUGAUCCUGUGAAUUGUUUUGCUCAGGGUUUUCAGGUUUUAUAUAUUGUUAAGCUGAAAGUUUAUUGAGGGUAUUAUGGUGUAUGUGGAGUACAGCCACAUUUUGUGUAGAAGAUGAGAAGGGAAGCACAAGAGGAAUGCCGAGCUUCAAUUCGCAAUUACCAAAUUCCAAUGCAUGGUAUAUACAUAUAUAUUUGAAUAAUGUUUGGGCAAAUAUCUAGUUGGCUUCAGGGUUUUAAUUUAUGUUUCUAAUGCUGCUUACCAUGUUCAGUCAUUCUAUGUUAUGUUGUGGAUGAAAUGAGGAAAAUUUUGAACAUUGUGAUAUUGUUGGCUUCUGAGUUUCUAGAAUAAGGUGUAUCCAUGAUUUUCCAUAGUACUGGAUAAUGCCGACAUCUUCUAUUAUGUGGAUGAAGUGAGUCUAUACACUUUUAAGAGCAUUUUUUUUUUUGUGUUUAAUGAAAAUGAGUUAAGUUAAAAUAUACAAUUUAUUCCUUUUCACAAACCUCCUUUAGAACGUGUUUUGUGGUCUUGGAAAAUGUACAAACUCAGUUUAUGAAGCUAAACAAACAGACUCUAAGUUUACUUGGUUAACCACAAAUCCUUAACUUGACACUAUUUGUAUGGUAUCAUAGUAAGGUUUGAUAUUGAUACAGGAAGUUGUUAUUUCAGUUAGUAAUUAGUUUGUUAGAUUUACUGCUAUAUAUAGCAGAUUGUAAAGAAUAGCUGGCAUUCAUUUUUUCAAUUGUAAUUCUGGAACUCCAUUAAUUCAAUAAAACUACUGCUGUUCGGAUUCCAUUCUUUCUCUGGAUUCCCUACUUCUUCUCUUGGUUCUUUUUCGAGGUUCAUUAAUCCUACCUAGAAGAACCCUAUCAAUUGGUAUCAGAUGGUAACCUUCCAACCACGUUUUCGCCAUGGCCGAUAACACCCGCUCUGUCCGUGAAGAUUUUGAAAGCUUCAAGGCUUCCAUGGAGACGCGUUUUUUGGAUAUGGGAACGUCAUUGGAGGCCCGAUUCAUGGAUAUUGGGGCUUCAUUGAAGCACAGUCUUGAAGAGAUGUUCCGUAACUGUGACACCCACGCUUUUUCUAGUAAUGGUAAUCAAUCUCGCCCUUACUCUUGUCAUACACGGUUGGCUCGGCUGGAUUUUCCUCGCUUCAAUGGUGAUGGUGUGAAGCAAUGGUUAAUCCAAUGUGAAACCUUCUUUUCCGUCGAUGGUACACCGGAGGAUUACAAGGUUCGGUUGGCAGUGGUUCAUUUCGAAGGCAAGGCUCUGCAGUGGCACAGUGCCUAUGUCAAGAACGUAGGUUUACCGAAUCUUCCAUCUUGGGAUGAGUACACAAAGAUCUUGAUUGCUCGUUUUGGUGAAGUAUGCGAAGAUCCUAUGGCUGAAUUGAUGAGAUUAAGACAAAAGAAUUCUGUUCAGGAUUAUCAUGAAGCUUUUGAUCGAUUAGUUUCUCAAGUGGAGCUCUCUGAAGCCAAUCAAUUGAGUUGUUUUUUGGGUGGAUUGAAGCAGGAUGUACAGAUGAUGGUAAGGAUGUUCCAACCCACCUCUGUGAUGAAAGCUUUUUCGUUGGCCAAGAUGUAUGAAUCUGCAAACAACACUCAUUACCAACCUAAACUAUUUCCCAAACAAAAUACACCACCAUUAUUACCUAAUCCUCCCAAAAGCCUGGAACUCAAUCGACCAAAAUUACAAGCUUCUAGAAGUUUAACCCUUGCCUAUAUGAAUGAAAGGCGGGCUAAAGGUCUCUGCUACUUUUGUGAUGAGCCAUUCACUCCGGCUCAUAGCCUGACUCACAAGAAAUUACAGAUUCAUGUCUUGGAGUUGGAUGAGGUCACUGAUUCUGAUGAAGAAACUCCAACCUCGACAGAUAUAGAGGAACCUUUAAUUUCAGUUACUGCCUUGAUUGGAGUUACUAACUUUAGAACUAUGAGGGUCACUGGUCUAUUCAAAAAGAGACCUCUACAUAUCUUAAUUGACAGUGGAAGCACUCAUAAUUUCUUGGAUGUUCACUUGGCUAAGAAAUUAGGCUGUCGGAUUGUUAACAUGGAUCCUUUGAGUGUCACUGUGGCUGAUGGUGCUAGGGUGCAAAUCAAUAGUAUGGUCAAAAAAUUUACUUGGAUGCUGCAUAAUACAUCCUUCAAAUCUGACAUGUUGCUGUUACCCUUGGGAUGUUGUGACAUGGUGCUUGGUAUCGAAUGGUUGAUUACAUUAGGGGAUAUCAUUUGGAACUUUGAGAUGUUGACCAUGGAGUUUGUUGUGCAUGGUAGGAGGCUUGUCUUGAGGGGCACCACAGGUACAGGAAUUAAGACAAUCAGACAGCAGCGAUUACAUAAGUCCCUUUCAACUGGAGUUCAAGUCUCCCUGUUACAGGUGUGUGAGACAGGAGAAGGUGCUUUAUUGCAGUCUUUAUCACCUCAUGCUGAUUCCAUUACUGUUCCUGCCAGCAUUGAGAAGUUGCUGCUGGAUUUUCAAGAUGUAUUUCAAGAACCAACUACUCUUCCCCCUAAAAGAGCUGAGCAUGAUCAUAAAAUUCCGCUGGUUCAAGGCACAAAUCCUGUGAAUAGAAGGCCCUAUAGAUAUGCAAAGCAACAAAAAGACAUCAUUGAUGGAAUCAUAUUGGAGUACUUGAAAUCUGGCAUCAUUCAGAACAGUAGCAGCUCUUACUCUAGUCCAGUUGUUUUGGUUGGAAAAAAAGAUGGUGGCUGGAGACUUUGUAUAGAUUACAGGGAAUUGAAUAAAGGGACAAUAAAAAACAGGUUUCCUAUUCCUCUAGUAGAUGACCUGUUGGAUGAGUUACAUGGUUCCAAAAUCUUUUCUAAAAUUGAUCUGCGGUCUGGGUACAAUCAAGUUCGUAUGGCUGAAGAGGAUGUGCACAAGACAGCUUUUAAGACUCACUCAGGGCAUUAUGAGUACUUGGUUAUGCCCUUUGGACUGACAAAUGCCCCUGCCACUUUUCAAGGGCUCAUGAAUGCUGUAUUUCAGGAAUUCUUAAGGAAAUUUGUCUUGAUAUUGUUUGAUGAUAUUUUAGUAUAUAGCACUUGUCUUGAGGAUCAUUUGAAUCAUUUAUACCAAGUUCUGUCCACUAUAAGAAACCAUUCCCUAUUUGCCAAGAAAUCCAAGUGCUAUUUUGGAGUUGGAAGGGUGGAGUAUUUGGGGCAUUUCAUCACAGCAGAAGGUGUUGCCACAGAUCCUGCUAAGAUAAUUGCUGUGCAACAGUGGGCCUUACCUCGGUCUGUGAAGCAAUUAAGAGGAUUCUUGGGAUUAGCGGGCUACUAUAGACGAUUUGUCAACCGAUAUAGCACCAUAGCCAGACCAUUGCAUGACAUGCUCAAGAAGGAUGGAUUUUCUUGGACAGAGGAAGCUAAGUGUGCUUUUUAGGAAUUAAAAACUCAAUUGAGCAAAGCACCAGUUCUGGCCUUACCUAAUUUUUCUAAGGAGUUUGUGCUUGAGGUAGAUGCAUCUGGACAAGGAGUUGGAGCUGUUUUAAUGCAGGAUCGUCAUCCCAUAGCCUACAUUAGUAGGAGCUUUAAUCAGCAGCAGCAAGCACUUUCAACCUAUGAAAAGGAACUGCUAGGAGUUGUGUUUGCAGUCCAGAAAUGGAGGCACUACUUACUGCCUAAGAAGUUCACUAUAAGGACCGAUCAUCAAAGCUUAAAGUACAUCUUGGAUCAAAGGUUGUCUACAGCAUUUCAGCAGAAAUGGCUAAUUAAACUGAUGGAGUUUGAUUUCAAUAUUGAAUACAAACAAGGGCGUGAGAAUGUAGCUGCUGAUGCAUUAUCAAGGAUACAGUAUUCAGCUCUAUUAGUUCAUCAACCUACUUCUGAACUACUGAAUACAAUUAAAAACACUUGGCAAACUGAUGAAGAUUUACAAAGAAUCAUCAAUGAGUUACAGGCUGACAGUGCUACUCAUAGACAUUUUUCUUGGCAGAGGGGAGAGCUGAGAAGGAAAGGGAGAUUGGUAGUUGGUAAAGACCAAGAAGUAAGAAAACAGAUUCUGGUAUGGUUACAUGCUACUGCUUGUGGAGGACAUUCAGGCAGAGAUUCUACUCUUCACAGGGUAAAAUCAGUAGUAUAUUAGAAAGGUAUGACUAAGGAUGUUAGGAGAUUUGUCCAACAAUGCCAAGUGUGCCAGCGAAACAAGUAUGAUACUACUGCAUCACCUGGUUUGCUGCAACCAUUACCAGUUCCAGACCACAUAUGGCAGCAUAUUACCAUGGAUUUUAUAGAGGGAUUACUUAACUCUUUUGGUAAGCAAGUCAUCUUUGUAGUAGUUGAUCGAUUGAGCAAAGCAGCCCACUUUAUGGCCUUACAACACCCUUACACAGCUGCAACAGUAGCCCAAUGCUUCUUGGAUAAUGUUUUCAAACUACAUGGGUUUCCUGCUACCAUUACAAGUGACAGAGAUUCUGUGUUUGUAAGCCAAUUUUGGAAGGAGUUUAUGGCAUUUCAAGGUGUUCAAAUCCAGCUUUCUACUGCUUACCAUCCUCAAACAGAUGGUCAAACAGAAGUAGUUAACAGAUGUGUUGAAACAUACUUGAGGUGUAUGUGCUGUGAUGAACCUAAACAGUGGUCCAAAUGGCUUCCUUUGGCUGAAUGGUGGUAUAAUACCACAUAUCACAGUUCUAUAAAGACUAGUCCCUAUGAAAUUGUGUAUGGACAGACUCCUCCUACUUAUUUACCAUAUCUUCUAGGUGAGUCUAAGGUGGAGUUAGUGGAUAGAAGUUUACAGAAGAGAGAGGAAAUGCUUAAGCUGGCCAAGUUUCAUAUGAAAAGAGCACAAGAGAGGAUGAAACAGUUGGCAGAUAAACAUAGAUCAGAAAGGGAAUUUCAGAUUGGAGAUUUGGUCUUUGUCAAGCUUCAUCCAUAUAGACAAAUUUCUGUAGCAUUUAGAAGUAAUGCAAAGCUGGCUCCUAAAUACUAUGGACCUUAUCCAGUCCUUGAAAAGAUUGGUGCUGUGGCUUAUAGAGUGCAAUUACCAGCUAAUUCCUUGAUACAUAAUGUCUUUCAUGUUUCACAACUGAAGAAAUCAGUGGGGGAAGCAAACACUUCAGCAGAUUGUCCAAUAUUAGAAGAAGAAGCUAUUAUCAAGGAACCUGAGACCAUCAUUGACAGAACUACUGUGAAGAGGGGCAACAAGGCUGUCACUAAAGUGCUGGUCAAGUGGAAGCAUCAGCUGCCUGAAGAUGCUACUUGGGAGUUUUAUUAUGACUUAAAGAAGAAGUUUCCAAACUUCAGUUCUUGAGGACAAGGACUUGCUUAAGGGGAAGGGAUUGAUACAGGAAGUUGUUAUUUCAGUUAGUAAUUAGUUUGUUAGAUUUACUGCUAUAUAUAGCAGAUUGUAAAGAAUAGCUGGCAUUCAUUUUUUCAAUUGUAAUUCUGGAACUCCAUUAAUUCAAUAAAACUACUGCUGUUCGGAUUCCAUUC